UUCAGUCGUCUAUUUCUCGCACAUACUUCCACCUGAUGCAAUUUCGAGUCCUCACCAAAUAAAUAGCCGGCAAUGUUUGCCAUUUCUCAGUUUUCAUCAUGUUUUUCAUACUUGUUCUAGUGCUAACUGGAAUUUCCAUCUACCUUUUCCAUCUUUUGUACUGGAAAAGAAGAAAUUUACCACCGGGACCUACUCCUCUCCCACUGUUCGGCAAUACUCUCCCAACUUUGUUCGAUAUUCCGGGAUAUAAGACAUUCGGAAAAUUGAAGGAGCAAUAUGGAGAUGCAUACACGUUUUGGAUGGGCAAAGACCCAUAUGUCAUGAUUUGCUCCUAUGAUUUAUUGAAAGAAACUUUCAUUCGAGACGCAGACACCUACAAGGACAAAGACUACAACCCGAUUGAUGAGAAAAUUCGUGGAGGUAUCUAUGGCAUCCUACAGACUAACGGGCAUGUUUGGAACACCCAUCGUAGAUUUGCUCUCACCACUUUUCGGGAUUUCGGACUUGGAAAGGAUUUGAUGCAGCAAAAAAUUUUGAUAGAAGUUGAAGACAUGUUCAGAAAAUUAGAUGAAAAUAUUGGCGAGGAGCAGGAUGUUCCAACGGUUCUGUAUAAUGCUGUGGCAAAUGUCAUUAACCAAAUUAUUUUUGGAUAUCGGUUUGAAGGAGUUAAACAGGAAGAAUUCACAAAACUCAAGGAGUUAAUGGAGUACCUAGAAACUGCAUUUGCCACAUUGAAGAUCUACGUGGAAAUUUUUGUGCCCUGGAUUGGAAAAUUGCUCCCUGGAAAAUCGCUGGAUGAUGUGCUCAACUACUGGAAGGACACCUCCUAUGAAUUUUUCAAUUCGCAAAUUGAAAAUCACCGUCUGAAAAUCGACUUUGACACCGAGGAAAGCUUAGACUAUGCCGAAGCCUACCUGAAAGAGCAGAAGAAGCAAAAGGCUCAAGGAGAAUUCGAGUUGUUUUGUGAUAAGCAACUUUCGAAUAAUUGCCUAGAUUUAUGGACGGCAGGCUUAUCUACCACUAUUAUCACAAUUAACUGGACCAUCUGCUACAUUAUGAAUACUCCGGGAGUUCAAGAAAAAAUGCAGGAGGAAAUGGAUAAGGUGGUGGGAGGUGGUAGAUUGGUGACAACAGCUGAUAAGAAUGACCUACCAUAUAUGAAUGCGGUGAUCAAUGAGGCUCAGAGAUGUGGGAAUAUUGUGCCGCUGAACCUGUUGCAUUGUACAACAAAGGACACUGUUAUCAAUGGUUAUUCAGUGAAAAAGGGGACUGGAGUCGUUGCGCAGAUCAGCACAGUUAUGUAUGAUGAGAAGAUCUUCCCUGACCCCUAUACUUUCAACCCGGAUAGAUUCAUCGAUGACAAUGGGAAGCUGGUUAAAAUCGAACAACUCAUUCCAUUCUCAAUCGGAAAACGGCAAUGCCUCGGAGAAGGACUUGCUCGAAUGGAGCUGUUCCUUUUCAUUGCCAACUUUUUGAACAGGUAUCACAUCUCACCAGGAUCCUCCGGUCUUCCAUCGCUCGACAAAUCGAAGGGGAUAACUCCGAGAAAGUUUGAGCCGGUUUUGAGCAGGAGACAUGCCUGAAAUUUUUAAUUCUGUUUCAAUGAUCUGUCAUAAAAUUGGAUCUCUCGCCGCGUACUUAUUUCUCUAAUAAAUAUUAAUCAUCAU